UGAGCGGCCCUGGGAGUCUGUGUCCAUGUCCCCAUCUGCCGUCUGCGCACCCAGGGUGCAGGGCCGAAACCACGGUCCUCUCGGCCAGGGCCAGGCCGUCGGGGCCGGCGCCCGGCGGGACGGGCAGGGGGGGCCGGCGCCGGCCGUGGGGAGCGCGGGGCGGGACCGGGAGGGCGGGGGCCGGGCUUAUAAAGCCCGCGGGCAGCGGGCGGGAGCGCGGAGCCAAAGUGCGCCCGGCCGGCCCUGGACGGGAGCGGGAGCCAGAGGAGGUCGAGGAGGCGGAGGAGGAGCCGCAGGAGGAGGCGUCCGGCCGCGGCCCGCUGCCCCACGUGCGCCCCGCCGUCCCGCGCCAUGGCGCGCAGGGCCCCGAGCGCCCGCGCGUCCCCGUAGCCGGCGGCACCCUCGGCCCCAUGGAGCCGCACGUGCUCGGCGCCGUGCUCUACUGGCUGCUGCUGCCCUGCUCGCUGCUGGCCGCCUCCCUGGUGCGUGUGAAUGCGCUCUCAUUGGUCUACCUGUUGGUCCUGCUGCUCCUGCCCUGGCUGCCGGGCCCUGGGUGCAGCGGCACACGAGGGCACUCGAUCCGGCUCCUGCGCGCCCUGCUGAGUCUCAGCCUGCUCUUCCUGGUGGCGCACCUGGCCUUCCAGAUAGCCCUGCACACCGUGCCCAGCCUGGACCGGCUGCUGGGGCCCAACUGCAGCCUCUGGGAGAAGGUCUCUCGAUACAUCGGGGUUACGAGGUUGGACCUGAAGGACAUCCCCAAUGCCAUCCGGCUGGUGGCCCCUGACCUGGGCGUCCUGGUGGUAUCGUCCAUCUGCCUCGGCCUGUGCAGGCGCCGCAGGAGGCAUGCGAGGGAGCAACUGCAGGAUGGCGAGGAGAGGGAGGUGGACACUGGCACCCCACCAGGGCUGCAGGGCGUCUCCGAGAUGGCCCCCAAGCCCAGGACCUGGCUGACUUCCCGGUUCCGGGUCGCGGCCCACUGGCUGCUGGUGGCCGCGGGGCGGGCCCUGGCUGUCCUGCUGCUCGCACUGGCAGGCAUUGCCCACCCCUCGGCCUUCUCCAGUGUCUACCUGCUGGUCUUCCUGGGCAUCUGCACCUGGUGGGCCUGCCACUUUCCCAUUAGCCCCCUGGGCUUCAGUAUCCUCUUUGUCACGGUGGGCUGCUUUGGUGCCUGCCACCUCAUCUGCCUCUACUGCUACCAAACGUCCUUUGUCCAGGAUGUGCUUCCGCCUGCCAGCAUCUGGGCCAGGGUGUUUGGCCUUAAGGACUUCGUGGGCCCCACCAACUGCUCCAGCCCCCACGUGCUGUUCCUCAACACCAGCCAUGACUGGCCGGUGUACGUGAGCCCGGGGGUCCUGCUGCUGCUGUAUUACACCUUCAUCUCUCUCCUGAAGCUCCAGCAGCCCAGGCCUGUGGGCCAGAGAAAGGAAGUAGCCGGGGUGGACGAGGAACCUGAGCUGGAACUGGACCAGCUGGAGCAGAAGCCCCAGGGCCAAGACGGGGCCAGCUGGGAUGGGGAGGCCACACAGCACAUGGUCCCCACAGUUGUGGGGCUGGACACUGAGGCCGAGAACUGCAUCGUGCACGAUCUGACCGGCCCGAGCCCCGUCCGGCAGCGUCCCUCACGUUCCAGGCCAGCUGAGCUGAGAGAGACGUCACCGCUGUACAGCCUGGGGCACCUCAUCAUGGACCAGAGCUACGUGUGUGCCCUCAUUGCCAUGAUGGUGUGGAGCAUCACAUACCACAGCUGGCUGACCUUCGUGCUGCUGCUGUGGGCCUGCCUCAUCUGGACGGUGCGCAGCCGCCACCAGCUGGCCAUCCUGUGCGCGCCCUGCAUCCUGCUCUACGGGCUGGCACUCUGCUGCCUGCGCUACGUGUGGGCCAUGGACCUGCAGCCUGAGCUGCCCACCACCCUGGGCCCCGUCAGCCUGCGCCAGCUGGGGCUGGAGCACACCCGAUACCCCUGCCUGGACCUGGGCGCCAUGCUGCUUUACAUCCUGACCUUCUGGCUGCUGCUGCGUCGCUUUGUGAAGGAGAAGCUGCUGAGGAAGGCCCGGGCGCCUGCGGUGCUGCUAGAGGUGGCUGUGGCCGAAGCAGCCGCAGAGCCCACUCAGACGCAGACGCUGCUCCGGAGCCUGGGGGAGCUGGUCACCGGCAUCUACGCCAAGUACUGGAUCUACGUGUGCGCCGGCAUGUUCAUCGUGGUCAGCUUCGCUGGCCGCCUGGUGGUCUACAAGAUCGUCUACAUGUUCCUCUUUCUGCUCUGCCUCACGCUCUUCCAGGUCUACUACAGCCUGUGGCGGAAGCUGCUUAAGGUGUUCUGGUGGUUCGUGGUGGCCUACACCAUGCUGGUGCUCAUCGCCGUCUACACCUUCCAGUUCCAAGACUUCCCCGCCUACUGGCGCAACCUCACAGGCUUCACAGACGAGCAGCUGGGCGACCUGGGCCUGGAGCAGUUCAGCGUGUCGGAGCUCUUCUCCAGCAUCCUCAUCCCCGGCUUCUUCCUGCUCGCCUGCAUCCUGCAGCUGCACUACUUCCACCAGCCCUUCAUGCAGCUCACCGACCUGGAGCACGUGCCCCCACCCAGCGCCUGGCGCCCUCGCUGGGCUCGCAGGCAGGACGCUGUGAGCGAGGCCCCACUGCUGCAGCAGCCGGAGGAGGAGGAGGAGGAAGAGGAAGAGGAGGCGCCCUCCAGGGAAGAGGAGCAUAGCACUGACGGCCUCUGCCAGGCCACCCAGGUCCCUGAAGCCAGCAAGUGGGGCCUUGUGGCCGAGCGGCUGCUGGACCUGGCUGCCAGCUUCUCGGACGUCCUCACCCGCGUGCAGGUGUUUGUACGCCGCCUGCUGGAGCUGCACAUCUUUAAGCUGGUGGCUCUGUACACCGUGUGGGUGGCCCUGAAGGAGGUGUCAGUGAUGAACCUGCUGCUGGUGGUGCUGUGGGCCUUUGCCCUGCCCUACCCUCGCUUCCGGCCCAUGGCCUCCUGCCUCUCCACCGUGUGGACCUGUAUCAUCAUCGUGUGUAAGAUGCUCUACCAGCUCAAGGUCGUCAACCCCCAGGACUACGCCAGCAACUGCACUGAGCCCCUCCCCAAUAGCACCAACCUGCAGGCGGCAGAGAUCCACCAGUCACUGCUGUACCGUGGCCCUGUGGACCCAGCCAACUGGUUCGGGGUGCGGAAAGGCUUCCCUAACCUGGGCUACAUCCAGAACCACCUGCAGAUCCUGCUGCUGCUGGUGUUCGAGGCCAUGGUGUACCGGCGUCAGGAGCACUACCGCCGGCAGCACCAGCGCGCCCCGCUGCCUGCUCAAGCAGUGUGUGCCGAGGGGACCCGCCAGCGGCUCGACCAGGACCUGCUCAGCUGCCUCAAGUACUUCAUCAACUUCUUCUUCUACAAAUUCGGGCUGGAGAUCUGCUUCCUGAUGGCCGUGAAUGUGAUUGGGCAGCGCAUGAACUCCAUGGUCAUCCUGCAUGGCUGCUGGCUGGUGGCCAUCCUCACCCGCCGGCGCCGUGAGGCCAUCGCCCGCCUCUGGCCCAACUACUGCCUCUUCCUCACACUCUUCCUGCUCUACCAGUACCUGCUGUGUCUGGGCAUGCCCCCGGCCCUGUGCGUCGACUACCCAUGGCGCUGGAGCCGGGCCAUCCCCAUGAACUCUGCCCUCAUCAAGUGGCUGUACCUGCCAGAUUUCUUCAGGGCCCCCAACUCCACCAACCUCAUCAGUGACUUCCUCCUGCUGCUCUGCGCCUCCCAGCAGUGGCAGGUGUUCGCAGCUGAGCACACAGAGGAGUGGCAGCGCAUGGCCGGCGUGAACACGGACUCCCUGGAGCCGCUGCGGGGUGAGCCCAACCCCGUGCCCAACUUCAUCCACUGCAGGUCCUACCUGGACAUGGUGAAGGUGGCCGUGUUCCGCUACCUGUUCUGGCUGGUGCUGGUGGUGGUGUUUGUCACCGGCGCCACCCGCAUCAGCGUCUUCGGGCUAGGCUACCUGCUGGCCUGCUUCUACCUGCUGCUCUUUGGCACGGCGCUGCUGCAGAAGGGCCCGCGGGCCCGCCUGGUGCUGUGGGACUGCCUCAUCCUCUACAACGUCACGGUCAUCAUCUCCAAGAACAUGCUCUCGCUCCUGUCCUGCGUCUUCGUGGAGCAGAUGCAGAGCAGCUUCUGCUGGGUCAUCCAGCUCUUCAGCCUCGUGUGCACGGUCAAGGGCUACUAUGACCCCAAAGCAAUGAUGGCCAAGGACCAGGACUGCCGCCUGCCGGUGGAGGAGGCCGGCAUCAUCUGGGACAGCGUCUGCUUCUUCUUCCUGCUGCUGCAGCGCCGCGUCUUCCUCAGCUACUACUUCCUGCACGUCAGCGCCGACCUGCAGGCCACAGCCCUGCAGGCCUCCAGGGGCUUCGCCCUCUACAACGCGGCCAGUUUCAAGAGCAUUGAAGCCCACCGCAAGGCAGAGGAGAAGUCCCUGUUGCAGCUGAAGAGACAGAUGAUCCGUAUCCGCACCAAGCAGGAGAAGUACCGGCAGAGUCGGGCCAGUCGCGGCCACCCCCAGGCCCUGGGCCCUGAGGACCCCAGCCAGGAGCCGGGGCCCGGCAGCCCCGGGGGCUCCUCCCUGCCACAAACACAGUGGUGGCGGCCCUGGCUGGACCAUGCCACAGUCAUCCACUCCGGUGACUACUUCCUGUUUGAGUCUGACAGCGAGGAGGAAGAGGAGGCGGUGCCUGAGGACUCCAGACCAUCACCACAGAGCGCCUUCCAGAUGGCUUACCAGGCAUGGGUGACCGAUGCCCAGAUGGUGCUGAGACAGCGGCGGGAGCAGGAGCGGGCACAGGUGCAGGCCCAGGCAGAGGGGGCAGGACAGCUGCUGACCGGCGGUGGCCCAGAUCCAGAAGUGGAGCCCGGGGAAGCUACAGAACACGAGGACCAGGCGACAGGUGCAGGGGCUGGGGUGCAGGGAGCUGUAGGCCAGGCAAGGGGCCGUCCUGGGGCAGCCCCUCCAGACCUCCAUCCCGCAGGCCACAGCCACGUGAUGCAGCGCGUGCUGAACACUGUGCAGUUCCUCUGGGUGCUGGGCCAGGCCUCAGUGGACGGGCUGACCAGCUGGCUGCUGGCCUUCACGAGGCACCACCGCAACAUGAGCAACGUGCUGCGGGCCGAGCGCUACCUGCUCACGCAGGAGCUCCUGCGGGGCGGGGAGGGGCACCGAAGGGUGCUGGACCAGCUGUACGACGACGAGGCUGAGGCCACCCUGUCAGGCACCCUGGAGGCCCAAGACGGGCCCAGCACUGUGUCCAGUGGCCUGGGAGUCGAGGAGCCACUGAGCAGCAUGACAGACACCAGCAGCCCCCUGAGCACGGGCUACAACACUCGCAGUGGCAGCGAGGAGCUGGUGGCUGACACCAGGGACCUCGAGACCGAGGCUUCGCUGCACGGCUCUCAGGAGCUUCCGGCCCGCCCGAGGAUGCGCACGGCCAGUGAGCUGCUGAGCCGCAGGCGCCUGCGCAUCCAGGAGCUGGAGGACGCCGAGAACUUCGCGGCCCAGCAGGGCCGAACGCUGCGGCUGCUGUGGGCCCUGUACCAGUGCGUGGCCGCACACUCGGAGCUGCUCUGCUACUUCACCAUCAUCCUCAACCACAUGGUCACUGCCUCGGCCACCUCGCUGGUGCUGCCGGUGCUGGUCUUCCUGUGGGCCAUGCUGUCCAUCCCCAGGCCCAGCAAGCGCUUCUGGAUGACAGCGAUCGUCUUCACGGAGGUCACCGUGGUCACCAAGUACCUGUUCCAGUUCGGCUUCUUCCCCUGGAACAGCCACACGGUGCUGCGGCGCUACGAGAACAAGCCCUACUUCCCCCCGCGAAUCCUGGGGCUGGAGAAGACGGACGGCUACAUCAAGUACGACCUGGUGCAGCUCAUGGCGCUCUUCUUCCACCGCUCCCAGCUGAUGUGCUACGGCCUCUGGGACCACGAGGACGAGGAGGACCAGCUCUCCCAGGAGCACCGAGGGAGCAGCGGGAAGGACUCGGGAGCCGAGGACCAGGCCGAGGCAGACACGGGGCAGCAGGAGGAGCCAGGAGUGGCCGGGGCCACCACCCAGGACCUCGUCCAGGUGGACACGAAGCGCAGGUCCAGGGAUGGGGCCACAGAGCUCCAAGUGGACCUCAAGCCCCAGGACACGAGGCGCCUCAGCCUGCGUUUCAGAAGGAAGAAGGGGAGUCCAGGACCCAAGGGAGCGGUAGCCCUCGGAGCUGCGGACGGGGAGGGAGAGGCAGCUGGGAGAAAGAGGCCCAGCCGCUGCCGAGAACGGAUGAAGGCAGCAGGGCGCCGGCUGCAGGGCUUCUGCCUGUCGCUAGCCCAGAGCACUUACCGGCCCCUGCGGCGCUUCUUCCACGACAUCUUACACACCAAAUACCGUGCGGCCACGGACGUCUACGCGCUCAUGUUCCUGGCUGACGUGGUCGACUUCAUCAUCAUCAUCUUUGGUUUCUGGGCCUUUGGGAAGCACUCAGCGGCCACGGACAUCACGUCCUCCCUGUCAGAUAACCAGGUGCCAGAGGCCUUCCUGGUCAUGCUGCUGAUCCAGUUCAGCACCAUGGUGGUCGACCGCGCCCUCUACCUGCGCAAGACUGUGCUGGGCAAGCUGGCCUUCCAGGUGGUGCUGGUGGUGGCCAUCCAUAUCUGGAUGUUCUUCAUCCUGCCCGCUGUCACUGAGAGGAUGUUCAGCCAGAACGCCGUGGCCCAGCUGUGGUACUUCGUGAAGUGCAUCUACUUCGGCCUGUCUGCCUACCAGAUCCGCUGUGGAUACCCGACACGCAUCCUUGGCAACUUCCUCACCAAGAAGUACAACCACCUGAACCUCUUCCUCUUCCAGGGGUUCCGGCUGGUGCCCUUCCUGGUGGAGCUGCGAGCCGUCAUGGACUGGGUGUGGACAGACACCACCCUGUCCCUGUCCAGCUGGAUGUGUGUGGAGGACAUCUACGCCAACAUCUUCAUCAUCAAAUGCAGCCGCGAGACGGAGAAGAAAUACCCACAGCCCAAGGGGCAGAAAAAGAAGAAGAUUGUGAAGUACGGCAUGGGCGGCCUCAUCAUCCUCUUCCUCAUCGCCAUCAUCUGGUUCCCGCUGCUCUUCAUGUCCCUGGUGCGCUCUGUGGUUGGUGUCGUCAACCAGCCCAUCGAUGUCACUGUCACCCUCAAGCUGGGCGGCUACGAGCCCCUGUUCACCAUGAGCGCCCAGCAGCCGUCCAUCGAGCCCUUCACGCCCGAGACCUACGAGGUGCUGUCUCGGCAGUUCGACUCCUACCCGCUGGCCAUGCAGUUUAUCAGCCAGUACAGCCCGGAGGACAUCGUGACGGCGCAGAUCGAGGGCAGCUCCGGGGCACUGUGGCGCAUCAGCCCCCCAAGUCGCGCACAGAUGAAGCGGGAGCUGUACAACGGCACGGCGGACAUCACACUGCGCUUCACCUGGAACUUCCAGAGGGAUCUGGCCAAGGGCGGCACUGUGGAGUACACCAAUGAGAAGCACACCCUGGAGCUGGCCCCCAAUAGCACAGAGCGGCGGCAGCUGGCCCGCCUGCUGGAGGGCACCUCUGACCAGUCUGUCAUCAUCUCCAACCUAUUCCCCAAGUACAUUCGUGCUCCCAACGGGCCUGAGGCCAGCCCCGUGAAGCAGCUGCAGCCCAAUGAGGAGGCCGACUACCUCGGGGUGCGCAUCCAGCUGCGGAGGGAGCAGGUGGGCCCAGGGGCUGCUGGCUUCCUGGAGUGGUGGGUCAUCGAGCUGCAGGACUGCCAGACCAACUGCAACCUGCUGCCCAUGGUCAUCUUCAGUGACAAGGUCAGCCCACCCAGCCUGGGCUUCCUGGCCGGCUACGGCAUCAUGGGGCUCUAUGUGUCCAUCGUGCUGGUCAUCGGCAAGUUUGUGCGUGGCUUCUUUGGCGAGAUCUCACACUCCAUCAUGUUUGAGGAGCUGCCCUGUGUGGACCGCAUCCUCAAGCUGUGCCAGGACAUCUUCCUGGUGCGGGAGACGCGGGAGCUGGAACUGGAGGAGGAGCUGUACGCCAAGCUCAUCUUCCUGUACCGCUCGCCAGAGACCAUGAUCAAGUGGACACGUGAGAAGGAGUAGAGCCUGGCUGCUUGGCACCGGGAAUGAAGGAGCUGCCACAGGCAGCACAGCCACCAGCAUAGGUGGCGCUCCGUGGGCCAGGGCUGUGGCUGCCACGUGUUCUCCCCGGCCCACCCAAACCCUGAUGCUGCUGAUGGAAGGCCACUGUGCUCCCCGUGGCCUCAUGCACCCAGUGCAGCCACACUGGGCCUGGAACCCCAGCUCACCCUGCCUCACACGUACUGUAGAGUUUUCUAAUUAAAAUCUUUUUAUUUAUACAAACAAUAA